AUGUAUUCUCUGCUUCCUUUUAUUACUGUCAGCUUGCUCCCAGAAAUGCCCAUAGAAGUAUGGUGUAUUAUUUUGAGGCUGCUGGAUUCCAAAUCGUUACUAUCUGCAGUGAGAAGUUCGUCUUUCUUCAGUACCAUGGCACGAGGAGAUCCAAUAUUGAAGCAAAAAGUUAGAAUUGCCAUCAAAGAAGAAAAAGAAGAGAUCGUAGCUCAACUAGCAAGACCAGGAGUAACGACAACAGUAGAACGAUCAUCUACUCAACCAUCUGGGUUAUAUUCGAAGAAUGUUCAAAAAAACAUUACUAUUAGGAAGGAACCAAAAAUGUUUAAAGCCAGAGAGAACAAGGCCAAGAAGGAAACAUCUGGUUCAAAGAUCAGAACCAAGGUUACUAAAUCAUCUAGAUUUAAUCCUUACCGGUUAUAA